AUGGAUAACCAGUGUUUCACCACGCUGGAGGGACGCGGUGCCCGGCGUAUUCCGGAGCUACGGAGAGCUCAGCCCAGGGGAGGUCAUAGCCGGUCCCUGGGUUCUCCCUGCUUCGGGCGCCCCAUCGCAGGAACGCUUCAUACCCUACGACCACCAUUUCAGACAGCACCACCAGCAAGCAACAGGCUGCACACACCCUCUUCCUUUAAGCUCUUCGUGGUAGCCUCGUGCGACUCCACCUUUCCCUCGCCCUCAAGCGCAGCCGGCCGUGCACCUGCAGAGGGCAGACCCAGCAGAGGGCAGCCCCGCCCCGGCCGCUCCCUAAGGGCAGCGCUGAGGCCGGCCCGGAGCCGCCCCUGCGCGGGCCCGCGGGCGCCCCUGAGGCGCGUGGCGCUGCCGCGUGACCCGGAGCGAGCGUCGCCAUUGGCCGCGGCAGCAGCGCGGGCUCGAGGCGGCCGAGGGGAGACGUCGCGCCCCGGCUGCGCCCGCAGUGCGGGUUCUGAGGCCGCGGUCUCCUACUUCUGGAGACGCGCAGAUGGUGAAGAUGAGAGAGGGGCGACCUCUGAUGAAAAAGCAUUGAAAACAGUACAAGGAGUAGUGACAAGACUUUGCCAUGAUUAUGGGAUGAUAGAUGACACAAUAGUCUUCACAAAGGAUGCUGUUACAAAAAACAUGUUGCUGGCUGUUGGACAAGAAGUUAUUGCCACUGUGGAAGAGGAUAAAACAUCAGGUGGCCUGAAGGCUGUCAGGGUAGACACCAUCCAGAGUACCCAAGAAGAGUCCAGUCCUACUUAUGAUGCCUCUGAACUAAAUCAGAAAACAUUAAUUGGCAGUAUUACCUCUCUCUCUGUGGAUGGUGGCUAUAUUAAUCAGAAUACAUACUUUGCAAUGCAAAACGUCUGGGAAGAUUUCAAACCUUGUGAAGGGGACUGGGUGCAAGCUAAAUAUUAUAUUAACUCGACAACAUGGAAGACUGAGGCAGUUGCUGUAAGGCCUUUGAGGUAUAAACAAGUAAACAAGGUUCGCAUUUCCAGCAUCUGUGGCAGAGCUGGGACAAUAGAUGACAGUAUAUUUUUCACUUUGGAUUCACUGAGACUUCCUGAUGGCUACCUACCUCGGAGACAUGAUCUAGUGAACACGAUUGUGGUGGAGAGCAGCCAGUCCUGUUACGUUUGGAGAGCUCUCUGCUUGGUGCCAGUCAGCCAGGAUGGACAGUCUCACUCUAAUGAAAGUAAUGUGGAUGAACCUUAUGAAGACAUAAUGAGAGACAAAGGAGAGUUGAAAGUAUCAAGAAUGACUGACUUUGGAACUCUGAAGCAGGGGGAAUCUAAAAGAAUGAUGGUCUGGAUAGAGAAUAAAGGGAGCAUACCACAGUCCUUAAUCAGCUGCAGAUUAGCAGGAUGGGUGAAAGACAAGCAAUUCAGUAUUGAGAUUCCUCAAAACUGUGAAAACAGUCCAUCUUUUCCAAUAAAUCAAGAAAACCUCUCAAAAGCUGCAAUUAAUUCAUUUAACAACAGUGAAGGAACAACAUGUGAGUCAUUGAACCAUACAUCCAUUAUGAAGAAUGGAGUCAUUCCAGAAGGAAUUAAUUUUCAAGAUACAAAUUUAUCAAGGACAAAGGAAAACAAUUCCUUGGUGAAAGAUGAAAAUAUGCAAAAUGGAGAAAGUGAACAAAAAGACCAUGUGGAGCAACCAACUAAGCACAGCAAUAUUACUCCAGAAAUUGUGAUAGCACCAGGUGAAAAAAUAUCCAUAGUGAUCAUAUGCACAGCUGUGAUUCAUGGGUACAGUAAAGAGCUCCUGCUGCUUGGCUUUUCUGAUUUUACUGUUGGCCGCUAUGUUGAAGCCACUGUAACAAAUGAAGAAGAAUUACUUAUAGCACCUGUACAACCUUAUUCUCCAGGAAAGCCUAAAAAUAUUCCAGAUUCUCAGCUAAGGAAGACAACAGUGGCUGCCCCUAAACAAAAAAGAAAUAAGAGAAGGUGGUGUUCAAACUUUCUCCCGCAUUUUACCAUACCAGAUGAGUUAAGAAAAUGUGUGGAGCAGCAAUUAGACAUACUGACCUUUCAGCCCCUCCUAGCAGAGCGUCUUAAUCUAGAUAAUUAUAAAGCAAACUUUUCUACUCUUUUAUGGCUUGAAGAGAUCAAAGCAGAAAUGGAUUUAAAAGAUUACUACAUGAGUGGGGUUACUUUAAAAAGGAAUGGGAACUUGUUAGUGCUGGAAGUGCCAGGAGUAGAAGAGGGAAGACCUCGCCUGAUUCCAGGUGAUAAGGUGAUACUGAAAAGUCAGGUCUACUCAGAUCAUAUAAUAGAGUACAUUGCCUAUGUCUCUGAGAUAUGUGAAGAUGAUGUUACUCUUAAGGUUAAUGCUGACUUUGAAUGUGCUUACAACUUGGAGCCCAUGGAUGUGGAAUUUGUUCAUUGCAGUAUUCCUAGCAGGCGAUGCCAGUUGGCCAUUCAGCAAGCUGUGUACCUGGGUGAAAAAGGUACAUUUCAUUUGACUGUUAAGCUGUCUAGAGGGGUUUCUUUGUGCAGAGUUCUGUGGAUUUUAUUGCUUUCACAUCAGGCCAUACUGGGAAGAAUGCAUUUGUUAUUUCCAGAAAGACUUGUGUUACAAUCACCACAAGCUAUCAAGACCCAGAAUGCUACAGAGUAUUGUGCUGUUGAUGAUGGCCUUAAACAACCUUCACUGCAGGAAAGUAAGGUCAGAAAAAAGCAGAACAAACAGACAAAAGCUGGUGAAACUGCUGCACUGAAACAGAGAGAUGGUGAAUUUUUCAACCCUGUGCUGAAUGUGCAACAGAAACUGGCAGUGAAAAGGAUACUGAGUGGUGAAUGUCGCCCAACACCUUAUCUUCUCUUUGGACCACCAGGAACUGGAAAAACAGUCACAGUAAUUGAAGCUAUUUUACAGAUACACUUUACUCUGCCAGACAGUCGGAUUUUGGUGUGUGCACCAUCAAAUGCUGCAACAGAUCUGAUUUGCUUGAGACUGCAUCAAAGCAAUCUCUUAAAACCAGGAACUAUGGUUCGAGUUAAUGCUGCCUUCAGGUCAGCAGAGCAAAUUGAUGACAUGGUGAAACCUUACUGCAAAGAUGGUGAUGAUAUUCAGAAGGCAUUGUGGUCCAGGAUUGUAAUUACAACAUGCAGCAGUGCAGGAUUGUUUUAUCAAACAGAUACACGGCUUGGACAUUUCACUCAUGUGAUUCUGGAUGAGGCAGGUCAAGCAAGUGAACCCGAGAGUCUCAUUCCUAUUGGGUUGAUUUCAGAAGCUGAUGGACAGAUAAUUCUCGUUGGAGAUCCGAAGCAGUUAGGGCCAGUAAUAAAAUCUAAACUUGCACAGUCUUUUGGAUUAAGUAUGUCCUUGCUAGAAAGACUGUCAUCAAGAGAGCUGUAUCUCAGAGAUGAGGAUGCUUUUGGGGCCUGUGGAGCAUACAAUCCUUUGUUGAUCACUAAACUCACAAAGAACUACAGGUCACAUUCUGCAUUGCUUGCCUUGCCAUCUAAAUUGUUUUAUCAUAAGGAGCUAGAAGUUUGUGCAGAUACCUCAGUAGUGACUUCUUUCUUGAAUUGGGAGAAAUUGCCCAGGAAGGGAUUUCCAUUAAUUUUUCAUGGAAUAAGGGGCAGUGAAACCCGUGAAGGUCGCAGUCCUUCGUGGUUCAAUCCAGCUGAGGCAGUCCAAGUAAUGACGUACUGUUGCCAGCUGGCCAGAAGUGAAUACUCUGCAGUGCCAGUGACAGACAUUGGAGUGAUUGCACCAUACCGGAAACAGGUGGAAAAAAUUAGAUUUCUUCUCAGAAGUAUUGAUUUGGAAGACAUAAAGGUUGGCACAGUAGAAGAGUUUCAAGGGCAGGAGUACAUGGUUAUCAUCUUAUCAACAGUGCGAUCUCAGAAAAUGGUAAUUGAUGAUGAAAAACACUCUCUGGGCUUUCUCUGUAACCCAAAGAGAUUUAACGUAGCAAUUACUCGAGCAAAAGCUUUGCUGAUUGUCGUGGGAAAUCCUCACAUUCUUGUGAAAGAUCCCUGUUUUUGUGCACUGUUAGAAUACAGUUUAAUGAACAAAGUUUAUAUAGGUUGUGACCUGCCCACAGAGCUGGAUCACCUGCACAAGUGUGACUAGUUUUUUGGUAUUCAAGAUGCAUUCAAGAGUUUGGUAUUCAUCUGUUUUGAAACUAAAAGCACUUAUAAGAAAUUUAGUCCUGAGCAGAUCAAGCACUUUUUGUUCUCAGGGAGAGGCACAUGUUCUGAAAUGGAUAGAAGUUUCUGCAAACAAGAUUUUUUUUUUUCUUUUAAGAAGUGAAAAAAUUGAAAUUAAUAGUGUAAAGUAGUAGUGGCACCUUAUUAGCUUUUCCGUUUAAAGUGUGUAUUAAUGUGCCUCUACAAAGAACAGUAUGCCUGAAUCCUCCAGACUUCAGGAGAAAAGUAUUGAAGGACUCCUACAUCAGCUUUCCCAUAUUCCAUAAUUGUUUCAGCUUCUCAGUUUUCUCAGCCUUGUGUAGUGCCACCUAAAACUGGACUGUCCCAAGAACAUAAAUAUGUGUCAUUGUUGUGGGAGCAUUACAGUAAUAUAUGUUUGAUGUGAACUGGAAUGAUACAUUAAAUAUUUCCACUCAACUGAUACUGAGUACCUUAAGCCAAAACCCUACUUCCAGAUUUUAAGGCCUUUGUAUAUACAGCUGAGAUCACACAGGGUGUUCUUGCUUUCCACUGCAGUUUAGCCAUCUGCUGUGGUGCAUGUCAGAGCAGUGCCUUAAGGGGUGGGUUAAAGAAAAAAAGAAAAUUAAA